AUGGAAACAGGGAGCAAGCAUGAAGAAUCACAACCUAAAGAAGAAUCACAGCCUGAAGAAUCACAGCAUGAUGAAUCAGAGAAUGAUGAAUCAGAGAAUUUUGAAUCAGAGACUGAUGAAUCAGAGGAUGAAGAAAUUGGUGAAUGUAAGUAUUGUUUAAAGGUGGGUGACCACCAUACAGAACUAUGCUCUUACAUUGAUGAGGUCCCAGAGAACGCAAUUGUUGGUGAGAGUUGUGUGGUUACAUGUCUUGUAUGUGGCUGCUUCUUUAGAGACUCGCGUUGUGCUAAUUGUGGCAUAACCCUAGGACAUGCACUCUUCAAGGAUUGUUUAAUAUGUGGGAAGCGAGGUGAACACAUGGAAUUUGAGUGCCCGGAACUCGAGCCGAAUCCUGAUUUUUCUUUCGACCCUUAUGGUCGUUCUUUAUGGUCGAUAAUCGCCCUUAAUUGUACUCUAGAGUUAAAGCAAGGGAGAAAGAGACUUGCUAAACAACUAGGCAUGAAUGACCACGGUUUGAAUUCAAUGAUGAAUUGGUAA